GGGGAAGGGCGCGGGGCGGCCCGUCGCGGACGAGCGGUUGAGCGCCGCGAACGACGGCCUCGGCGACUUUGUCGACAACGCGAUGGCGGAUAACCUCGUCCCGGUCACGCGGUCCGGGGACGACGACGAGGCGAUCGACGAGGACCUCGAGCGCAUGGACCUCGGCGGCGCGUGGUGGCACCUCGGCGGUGACGACGCGCCCAACGCGCCGAUGCACGUCGUGGGCGUCGACUUCAGGGACGGCGGCUGGUCCGGCGUCGGCGGCGGCGGGUUGGUGCUGCGAUUCGCGACCGACGGUGCGCGCGCCGCGGACGCGUCGUCGUCGCGCGGCGUCUUCUCCGCGAGCGUCGCCGGGAAGCUCGCGGGCGCGCGCGCGGCGGACGCGGCGAUGGACGUCGACGCGUACGCGAACGCGGCGGUGGUCCCCGCGCAUCACGUAUCGAGCGCGCUGAUAAAGGUUGAGCCGCCGACGGUUGCGCGCGCGGCGGCGGAUCGCGUCGUCGUCGACGCGUCCAACAACGGAGGGAUCUCGUACUCGGACGGCAGGAUUCGGUACCACAAGAGCGCGCCGGCGUGACGCGAUUUCGCGUUUCGCGUUUCGCGCGGUGACGCGACUAGCGCGCGUAGUAUUAAUUAUCGUAUUAGCCUUAGCGGUGUGAUGACGACGUGAACGCGCGUCGCCGACGCCGGCACUCCUCCUUUCCCUUC